UUUUGUCUUGUUUUUGCUGUUGUUUGUUUGCAUAAUAUGCUUCGCCCAGGGGUUUAACCUCGAGGGGCUAUGUUUAACCAACUUGCUCUCGUUGGAAUUAGUGGGAAAGGGAUUUCCAAGCAGGGUUUGGAGGCAACCCUUGCUUUGCAAGGAAGCCGUGAUGACGGCAGUUGCUAAGAGACAGAUUCAGGAUCCGGCAACUCAGAACUGUGGCAGCGGCGACCGGGGCUCGCCCCGCUUCUUCCAAUCCCGGUCACGGGUUCCGACGGGGGAACGGGCCAAUCCGCCUUCCUCUUUCGCGGCGCGGCCCUCGCUCGGUUCUGCGCCUUUGGUUUCCCCGGGAGGGCGCAGGCCUGCUUCUGGAGUUUGGCCGUUGCUGUGGAAACCACAGCGGUCGGAGCAGAAGCGCUUGGGCCUCUGACUCCCAAGAGGUGAGGCUUUGGGGGCCUUCCGUUGGUUCCCCCCCCCACAACGCGCGUCCCCCUCAGGUUUUCCAUAAACUACGCACUCAGAUUUGGUGGGUGGGAGGCAGUCCCCUGAACGACAUAAAAGAGGCUUCGGGCAAUGGAGGCAAAACGCUCGAGUCCACUAUGCUCGCCUGUUAUCUCUGCCAAGAAAACCGCAUCUGUUUAUUUUGCAACCCUUAUGAGCUGAUCGGCUUUCGCACGUGCUCUCUUAUCCGCUUCUGAAACUCUGCAACCGAAACAGCGCUUCCCAAAACAUCUCUUUGCUGUCUAGUGUGCACGUUUUACAGAUGUGUCAUCACCGGAUCUGUGUUUCGGUCAGUCGUGAGUUGAAGCUCGAACUACAGUCUCAGUCUGAUGGCCUUCAGCUAGAACUUAAGAGAAAAGAAAGUGGUUUGCAGAUGCUGAAGUUAGAGAGAGAACGACUUAGCAACCAGAUCACUGUGGCUGAUGAAACUUAUUCAAAAGAGAAACAAACUUUGGUAGAAAAAAUAGUUGAACUGAAGAGAAGAAAGGAACAAAAGGACAGAGAAGUCUCUGUAAAAGAAAUGGAGAUAUUACAAGCUAAGCAAGAACUGGAACAGCAACAAAUGUGCUUGAGUAAUAGACAACAGGCUAUUAUUGAGUUGAAAGGAAAGGUGAAGCAACAGGUGGAACUGCAGAAGGAAGUGAAGUUUCAGCUUUCUGAAAAGAGAAGGGAGUUCUUGAAAGUGCAGUCUGCUGUGCAUGAAAUAGAAAAUAAAAUCUUCAGGAAAACAGCAGCAAUGCAAGAACACAUUACUCAUGAACUACGGAAUGAGAUAUCUAUUCUUCAUCAACAAGUACGUGAGAGAGAGCUAUUAGCAGAACAGGAUCGGCUGUUAAGAAGCAAAAUGGUGGAUGAUUAUGCAACUUUGACCAAGGAGAAUGCCAUGAUGCAAUCCAGGCUCUUGGAACUUAACAAGCAAAGAGAGAUAGAGAGAGUACUCAAGGAGGAGAGCUAUACAGCCCUUUCUGCUGGUAUCAUGCAGUUCCUUGCAGUAAAAGAUCAUGAAAAUCAUCUGAAGGAAGAGAUUCAGAGGUACCAAGAACUCCUGGAGCAGGAAGAGAGUACCUUCCGAGACCUUCAAGAUAAGAUUAGCAUUUUGGAAAAGGGAAGUACCUCUCAUGACUUAAAAAUUGCAACCAUGAACAGCAGAAUAACUGAAAUUAGAGCUGUAUUAGACAAAGAGGAACUGGACAAUAUGGAGUUAAAAAGAGAUAAAUCUCUGCUGAUUGAUCUUGCAUCUGAUCUACAGAAGCAGCUUGCUGAGAAAGAAAAUUUCCUACAGGCAUCCAUUAAGAUGUUGCAGCUGGAUGAAGCAAUGUCAGCAUUAAGAAUAAAACAUGCAUUUUGUUCAUCUAGUCCAUCAGAAAAAUGGGAUGAAAUCUCCAAAAUGACAAAGUCAAUGAAGAAUCUCAAAUAAGUGACAGAUACCAUAGUCAAUACAGUGGUGCCCUGCUGGAUGAUUACCCCGCUUGACAACGAAUCCGCUUAACGAAGUUUUUGUGA